AUGGUUUUAUUGGCAAAGAUUCAGAAGAAAGAGGGGAUUCCAUGGCAUCAACAGAUUUUGAUCAUUGAUGGAAAGAUCCUCGAGGAUGAGGUGGUGGUGAGCCCUCCUUUUGUGUUUCUUACCUCUGCUAAAAGUGAAUUGAGGCCUGAAAUCCAAGUUGCAGCUCAAAAUUGUUGGGUUAAGAAGGGUGGUGCAUUCACCGGUGAGGUUAGUGCUGAGAUGCUUGCCAAUUUGGGUGUCCCUUGGGUCAUCCUAGGUCACUCUGAAAGGAGAGCCCUAUGGAAUGAAACUAAUGAGUUUGUUGGAGACAAGGUUGCAUACGCACUAUCUCAAGGUUUGAAGGUUAUUGCUUGUGUUGGGGAGACUCUUGAGCAACGAGAAGCUGGAACCACCAUGGAAGUUGUUGCUGCACAAACCAAAGCAAUUGCUGGUAAUUAUUUUAAAACUAAACUUGCUUCUACUGUAUGUCAAAAAUCAAAAAUCUUGUUUUAUCUUUGAUAUAAUAAGUAACUUGCACACAAAAGUUAUGAUUUUGGUGUUUAAUGCAAGAAAUCACAAUAUGCCUUUUCUAUGUGAUUCUGAUUUUGGUAA